GAAAAUAGAUAAACAAGAAGGUAAAGAAAAAAAAAUAAAAAAAUCAAUCUGAUAACUUGAUUACAGAACGUUGGCCCAUGUAUAUUUGUACUAUAAAAUUCUUUUUUAUCAAUCAAAAUUUUUUUUAUUUCCCCGCCUCCUUAUCCCGUUCUGCUGUUUUUAUCAAAUCAAUAAAAUCAGUCGAUUUGAUCAAUUAAAUUUAUCUCCGUCGUCUCACCCGCCGCGCUUUUUCGCUUGUCAACCAGCUGAGGGGGGGGAGGGUUUCAACGAAGUAAAACGAGAUAAAGACGCUUGCAGGAUCGCACGCAUCUUAUUGGUCGAAAGAAAAAACAAACGGGCCUCUCAUGAACAACCUUUUUUUUUCUUUUGAUUUUUGAUUUUUUCGGCUUUGUCGUUUCUCCCUGCUACAUUUUUACACUCGAUCGAUGGUGGCAGAAACCAGAGCCAAGAAGGCAUUGCACGCCAUUCAAGCGAAGCAUCCAGUAGAUAAGCGUAGAAUAACAGGGGCUUCUAAACAACAAGACGAUCGUCUUCAAAUGCUUUUUGAUGCAUUUACUUUGAAAAGACCAGAACUCACCAUGGGUGUCAAAUGGCCAAAAAGAGAUACUAUCGAUUCCGAGGAAAGCAAUCAUCUUUUUCACCAUGAUCAAACAAACAACCCUGAAUUAGACAAAGAAGAUCGAAUGAACGAGCGGAUAUACACUUUUCUUUCCAAGGCUGAUUAUCCUUUUCAACCAGAAAAACCAAAACAAAGAAAGUGGAGGGAGAAGCACACCAUGAUGGGCAACAGCAGCCAUUGGGAAAGGACAUCUGGAACUACUACCCAUCUUGCGACGACACGACCCGUCUGCAAGGUACCAUUCUUUGCUGCACCGCCUGAGGAUAUACUACUGUUGGCGAAAACGCUUCAUAAGGACAUUCAUCUGAAUACAACAUCCUACACAAAGAGAUGGCAAAGAGAAAGACGUGCGUUUUGUCGUCCUAGUGAAGAAGCCCGUCUUACGCCUACGCCUACGCCUACGCCUACUUCCAGUACGGCUUCUACUUGCAGUACUGUAUCUACUGUCAGUGCACCUACGACACCGACAACUACAUCCUCUGUGCAUUCCCAAGAAAAGAGGCAAAGAAAGGCUGUCCAAGAGCAGGAAGCAGAGGAUCAUUUUUUCUACGCCAUGCAAGACUUUAUCAUACAACAACUCCCUCCGUUAGUAUCGGCAGAUGCAUGUCAAGAAUAUGGGUACAACAUGAUUGUCGAUUAUUUGACGCGAACAUGCGGGCAAAAGAUGGAUGAUGUGCUUUACAGCAUGACGGGAAGAGGUGAAGGCGUGGAUCAUAGUGUGCCUUUACCCAUACCAGAACGUCUCGAUUGGAAAUACAUGUUGCUCAAAUUACAGCAGAAUGGAUUUCCCGGUCUUGGAAAAGGUGCAGAAAGAAUUGAUGGAAGCUACAAAGACAGAGGAAACAGUGAUCGAUCCUCAUCACAGUGACAAAGAAGAGGUGGAGGAGGCGGACGAUGACCUCUUUCUUACAGAAACUGAAGCUCUCUUCAAAGCGGGUAUUCAGCAAUUGAUGGAGG